UUACAGGUAGUAUACGGAGAUAUUUUAGGAGGGACCGGAAGUGACGCAUAUCAAAACUUGUGGCUGCCCGCGUAUUAGCUGAAGUAGUAAUUAAUGAAUUCGUGUUUUCGAAGUAUUCGUCAGUUAUAUCAAAGUGAACAUGACAGCUAAACGUAAAUCUGACACAACGGUUCCUGCGGAGGAAAGUGACCAAUUGCUCAUCCGCCCGCUAGGAGCAGGACAGGAAGUGGGACGAUCCUGCAUCAUCCUGGAGUUCAAGGGACGAAAAAUCAUGCUGGACUGUGGGAUCCAUCCUGGUCUGGAGGGAAUGGACGCUCUGCCCUACAUUGACCUGAUCGAUCCGGCUGAGAUCGACCUGCUGCUCAUCAGCCACUUCCACCUGGACCACUGUGGAGCUUUGCCCUGGUUCCUGCAGAAGACCAGCUUUAAAGGACGAACCUUCAUGACUCACGCCACUAAGGCCAUCUACCGCUGGCUGCUGUCCGACUACGUCAAAGUCAGCAACAUCUCCGCUGAUGACAUGCUGUACACAGAGACUGACCUGGAGGACAGCAUGGAAAAGAUCGAGACCAUCAACUUCCACGAGGUGAAGGAAGUGGCCGGCAUCAAGUUCUGGUGUUAUCAUGCCGGACACGUCCUCGGAGCCGCCAUGUUUAUGAUCGAGAUCGCCGGUGUCAAGCUGCUCUACACAGGAGAUUUCUCCCGUCAGGAGGACAGACAUCUGAUGGCAGCUGAGAUCCCCAGUGUCAAACCAGACAUCCUCAUCACUGAGUCGACCUACGGGACUCACAUCCAUGAGAAACGCGAGGAGAGGGAGGCUCGUUUCUGUAACACCGUACACGACAUCGUCAACAGGGAGGGUCGGUGUCUGAUCCCCGUGUUCGCUCUGGGACGAGCCCAGGAGCUACUGCUCAUCCUCGACGAGUACUGGCAGAACCACCCGGAGCUCCACGACAUCCCCAUCUACUACGCCUCGUCUCUGGCCCGGAAGUGCAUGGCCGUCUACCAGACCUACAUCAACGCCAUGAAUGACAAGAUCCGCAAGGCCAUCAACAUCAACAACCCCUUCGUCUUCAAACACAUCAGCAACCUCAAGAGCAUGGACCACUUCGAUGACAUCGGCCCCAGCGUGGUGAUGGCGUCUCCUGGUAUGAUGCAGAGUGGUUUGUCCAGAGAACUGUUUGAGAGCUGGUGCACCGACAAGAGGAACGGGGUCAUCAUCGCAGGGUACUGUGUAGAGGGAACGCUCGCCAAGCACAUCAUGACUGAGCCUGAUGAGAUCACCACCAUGUCAGGUCAGAAGCUUCCCCUGAAGAUGUCCGUGGACUACAUCUCCUUCUCUGCUCACACAGACUACCAGCAGACCAGCGAGUUCAUCCGGGCACUCAAACCUCCUCACGUGAUUCUGGUCCACGGCGAGCAGAAUGAGAUGGCCCGUCUGAAGGCGGCUCUGAUCCGCGAGUAUGAAGACAAUGACGAGGUUCACAUCGAAGUCCACAACCCGCGAAACACAGAGGCCGUCACGCUCAACUUUAGAGGAGAGAAGCUGGCAAAGGUGAUGGGCUGUCUGGCUGACAGGAAGUGCAUUCAGGGUCAAAGGGUCUCUGGGAUCCUUGUCAAAAGAAACUUCAACUACCACAUCCUGACGCCCUCGGACCUCUCCAACUACACAGACCUGUGCAUGAGCACUGUGACACAGACCCAGGCCAUCCCGUAUACCGGGCCCAUCUCUCUGCUGGUCAGCCAGCUACGAAGCCUCGCAGGAGAUGUGGAGCAGGUGGAGGGGGCAGAGAAAAUCACUGUGAAGGUCUUUAAAAGCAUCACUCUGGUCCACGAAGCCGGCAUGGUGCUGCUGGAGUGGAUCGCCAACCCGCUCAACGACAUGUAUGCUGACGCCAUCACUACGGUGGUCCUGGAGGUCCAAUCCAACCCCAAUGCCCAGAAGUUUCUUGAAGGCAGGAGGGAAACCUUCGACAUGGAGGUGUUUGUUGAGAGGCUGACGCUCAUGCUGCACGACAUGUUCGGGGACAGCUGUGUAAAUUUCAGAGACGACAAAAACCUGAGUGUGACAGUGGACGGAGUCGCUGCGUUCAUCGACCCAGAGACCAGAUCUGUGGCCUGUGCAGAGGACGAGUCUCUGCGGGAGAUGGUGGAGGUCGCAGUCCAUCGGCUCUACGACGCCCUCAGCCCCACCUUCUGAUUGACCUCUCCAGCUUUGUGAUGUCACCAGCUGGGGAGGGGGCACCUGUCAGUCACGCCUGACGACAGCCAUGUGCUGUGACCGUGUCCACAGAGAGCUGAUGAUGAACUGUUUUCUCUUUGCUUUUCUGAUUUGUCCAGUAUAACCAGUUUAUAAACAUGUAAGGUUUAUUACGUGUUACUGGUGGUAAAUGUGUUGGUGCCCUCUGUAACAAAGAACGAGCUCUUUGUUGGACACGUGGUUCCAAAGGAAUCGAGCACAGGUUUCAGCUUCUUCUACUUGAACUGUUAUGAG